UUAUUGUUAAAUAUCGUGUUGUAGCAGCAACUUUAACAAGCGGCUAAAUCACAGUCAACAUUUCAACGGCAUCGGUUUUUGGUGUUUGAAUUUGCGAAUCGACAAAGAAAAAUUACAGUUGCCGUUUGAUUAAUUUAACAAUAAAAAGAAACUUUUCGGUGCAAAUAGAAGGAAAAGUUUAAUUUUUUUUUUCGACUGCAGAAGAUAAACUUGGAUUGAAUCGAUUUUGUAUGACUUUAGACAUAUAAACAAUUAAAUAUGUUUUACAAAUCUUUUGGAAUUACCUUAUUAGUGAUAUUUUCAUACCUACAAAAUGGGCUCUGUGAUAAACCGAAUCGAAAAUUUCCAUCAGACUUUCUAUUUGGUGUAGGCUCGUCGGCGUAUCAAGUUGAGGGUGGAUGGAAUAAACAUGGCAAGGGCGAGUCUAUUUGGGACACAAUGACGCAUCGCCAUCCUGAUAAAAUAGCCGAUCACAGUAACGCUGAUGUGAGCAGUGAUAGCUACCACCAGUGGCGUCGUGACGUGCAAAUGGUGCGUGAACUUGGAGUGGAUACUUAUCGGUUUUCAAUUUCAUGGCCUCGCAUUCUUCCAAAUGGUUUCGUUACACAUGUUAACAAACAUGGAAUUCGCUACUACAACAAUUUAAUCAAUGAAUUGCUAAGGUACAACAUUACGCCAAUGGUAACAAUUUAUCACUGGGACUUACCGGCACGUUUACAGGAGUUGGGUGGCUGGACAAAUCCAGCGAUCGUUGAUUAUGCAACCGAUUACGCAAAAAUUUUAUUCGAACAAUUCGGCGAUCGUGUUAAGACGUGGACUACCAUCAACGAACCAUGGCAUUUUUGCGAAAUGGCGUAUGGAGUCGAUUUUAUGGCACCAGCCAUGAACUUCCCCGGAAUUCCAGGCUACAUGUGUGGUCACAACGUACUGAAAGCGCACGCUGAAAUGGUUCACUUAUACCGAAAUCGAUUCCAAUCAACUCAAAAAGGAAAGAUUGGCAUGACAUUCGACAUCUCUUAUCCACAACCAAAAACUGACUCGAAUGAUGACAAAAUUGCAUCAGAACUUGCUCUACAAUUUUAUCUUGGCUGGUUUGCUCAUCCGAUUUUCUCAAAGAAUGGCGACUAUCCACAAGUGAUGAUCGAUCGCAUUGAAGCGCAUAGCAAACAGCAAGGUUCCCCGCGAUCACGUUUACCAACAUUUACACCCGAAGAAAUCGAACGCAUCAAAGGCACAUCUGACUUUUUCGGUAUCAAUUCCUACACCAGCGUGUUGGUUACACGCAAUGAUCGUAAUAAUUCGGCUAAUUACCCAAUUCCGUCGUUCUAUCAUGAUAUGGGUGUAGUUGAGUCCGCCGAUGAAAAUUGGCCCAACUCUCAAUCAGUUUGGUUGCGCCCUGUGCCCUCCGGAAUGUAUAAACUGUUGAUGUGGAUCAACAAAGAAUAUAAUAAUCCAUCGGUAAUAAUCACGGAAAAUGGUGUCAGCGAUGGUAAUGGAGUGAACGAUAUGGAUCGUAUAAAUUAUUUUAAUUCGUAUCUAUCUGCUGUUUUGGAUGCAAUGGAGGAUGGUUGCAAGGUUACGGGAUACAUUGCAUGGAGUCUUAUGGACAGCUUCGAAUGGAAAGCUGGAUUUACCGAACAAUUUGGACUCUUCCACGUUGAUUUUUCAAGUCCAGAACGUACACGAACACCAAAAGCAUCAGCUAAAGUGUAUGCACAUAUUGUGCGAAACCGUGAAAUUGACUGGAGCUUCAAGCCUGAACCAUCCGUUAUCGCUUCUCCACGAAUGUAUGAUGGAUCAACGAAUAGCUCAUCAAGAAUAGGCAUGAUGAGUUCGCUGUCUGUUUUAUGUGCCGUUUUUAUUCAGUAUUCGCUUCACGUAUUCUUAAGAUGAAUUGGACGAAAAUCCCAUUGAAAUCCUGGUCAAAAAAUAAUCCAUACUGCUGUGCAUAUUUGACUUAAAUUUGCUAUUACGCCCAUCGUCCUAAGAAAAUGGUAUUUAAUUUAUUAUCUCAUCAGUUCAUCUAAGAGUCAUGGAUCUUAAGUCUUUAACAUUUUUUUGUAUUUCUCUGACAAAACAUAAUGGAAGCAUGUACUUAUGAAUUAGAAACGAAUAGAAUUAAGUAAUUAAUGAUUUAAUUUCAAUCUAUGGCCAUUGCAAAUGUUUCAAUGUAUUGGUCUUCGUUUUGAAAAUGAACAGAAAAUAAUAUUUUCAGAGAAAUUUCAAUGUGUUUUCACUACUAUUAAGUUGCAACUCUUCCUAUUCGAUAAUAAAAUGGUUAACAAAUUCAAUUAAAUAA